AUGAGAGGAAAAUCUAAUUUAUUUCACCUCCUGUGCUUCAAAACAUUCCUCAUCACGAGAUGCUUCUGUUUCAGUCCUCAACGUCAGCAUUUUGAAACGACAGUUUUUCGAAAUUCUAUUCGGUUCAGACCUAGUAGAGCAUGCAGUGUUACAACAAGCCUAUCCGUCUUUCCAAGAAAUGAUGCACCUGGGGGCAACACCUAUCAGUCUUCUGGAUCAAAUUUUGUCAAUAAUGGAUACCUGGAUUCACUAUCCGCCCCCCCUGCAGAAGAAAUCAGAAAGGAAGAAGAUUCAGAAGAUUCAGAAAUUUCAAAGAAACCUAAAGCUUGGAAAGAUCCCUUCUCAUCUGCAACCUCUGCUUUCUCGAAUGUUGUAAGGACUGGCAGUAACGACAUUAGGUCUGCAGCAACUGCUGCCACAACCGGAUUUGGGGCUCUAGCCCAACGAGGGACUUCUGAUAUUUCGAAUGUUGUAAGGACUGGCAGCAAUGAUUUUAGGUCUGCAGCAACGGCUGCCACAACUGGAUUCGGGGCUGUGGCACAACGAGGGACUUCCGACAUGCAAGCCUUUGCGAAUAAAGCGUCAUUUAAUGCCAAACGCGAAGCUGCCAAGGUACGAUCUUUUUAUCGAAAGGGCACGGGAAAAGUCGGAGGAGUGGCACUGUGGAUUGACGGCCAAGCGAAAAUGGGAACUCAGGCUAUCGGAUCCCAAGCAAGAUCCGUGGUUGUCAAGUUUACCGGCAAGGAAGACUACGAGUUUGGAGACAUUGUCAAAGAGACACUUCGUCGAAUAUUAUCUCAAGAAGUCAGCAUAUCCGACACAAUCUUGUUACUCAAGAUAUUACUCGCCAUUGGUGCCAGUAUUGGUCCACUUGCCGAAUUGCUCCCUGUUGCCGUUCUACUUCAAGGGUUGAAUGUUUCGUUAGAGACGCAAAUUGGUGGCAAGAUUUUGGAGGCACUGGCCCACUCGCUGGACAACCGAUUCGUCGCCGCUUUUACCGGAGACGACAAAUUUCUCUUGGGCGCCGCUGCGAAAAAAACCUUGUUGGCAGGCAUUCUCAAGUUCACUGGAAAGUCCACUUAUGAAGCGGGUGACAUCCAACGGACCGUUGAGGCUGGUGGUGGUGGUGUAUCUGCCGAUGGACAUCACCAAGAGUCAUUGCAGAUUGCUGUGGAUCCUGAACUGGAAGCUUGGGACAAGGCCUUUACGGAAAGUGUCGAACUUGAAAAGCAACGAGAACAAGUGGCAUUGCUAUACAGCAAACCGGAUGGUACGCCAUUGGACGAAGAAUCGGCCAAGGAAUUGGAUAUGAAGCUUGCCUCCGAACUGGAAGAAUGGAGUUCGGUAUUUCGAAAGGACUACGCCGACUAUGGGCUGUAG